AUGACUUUUGCCGAAGUCCUCCAAGUGACCCAAGUCAUCUACGACUACCCCUGGAGCGUUAUAGUCAACACCGCCCUCAGCUCUAUUCCUAGACGGACCAGCUCAAUCCAGCGGGAGUAUUAUGGGUGUAUCAAGGCUCUGGGCUUGGGGGUCAUUGAUGAAGAGGCAGUGUCGGAUGGUGUGGCGGAGUAUGGUUCGGAAAAUUCGGAUCCGGGCACUAAGGACAACGAUCCUUCAUGGGAUGAGUGGUCAAGAUUAUCACUAGACGAUCCCACCAACGCUCUCAUCGGCUUUGCGGCUGUCAUCGCCUUCCCGGUCUCUUAUCCGAUCGAUAUACAAUCCUACCACACUUUGGUAUAUCGCGUUGACAGCUACGACGAUGACGGUGUCAAUCACUACUCCAGUGCCCGGGCAGUCUGCGCAGAGAUAGCUGAAAGCCUCUUCCUCCGCAUGUACGCCAAGAAAACCUCGACUUUUACUGUAUAG